UUUGAUAGGGAGACUGCAGGCGCACAAAUGAUUUGGCAUGUUUCAACAUCCAUGGCUAACACUAACAGCCAAUAAUGGAGAUGUGUUGACUAAAAAGGUCAACUAAUGGACCCCAAAAUAUAUUCCUAAAAUUUUCUUUCUGCUUUUUCCAGAAAUCACAUGCUUUAGAAUUCCCUGUCUCCCACUUAAAGUAAUGCAAAAUUCAAAGCUAAAACUCUUUUGUCUCUUGGACUAGGCCAUGUUAAAAAUGCUAAAAAGGCAAAAACUGAAGUUGUCAAGUGUCAACUAACACAACCAUAUUUUCAUCCAUUGGCAUCUUUCAUUCAAGAUUCUAAAAAGAGUUCAAAAAAUCUCAACCCAUUUUUCAACUAGUACAUAGUUGAAAAUCAGAUGAUUUUUUUUCAAGAAAAUAGAAGCUUUGAGUUGGUUUUAGGCCUUUUAGUGUUAAACAUUUUGUGGGUGGGGGUUAAAUCCCAGUGUAGUGAUGAUUGUGAUGCAUUAGCUUCAUUUUAUGUAUGGAAUGGUGCUAACCUCACUUUUAUGUCUAAUACUUUUUCAACCCCCAUCAAGAAUAUCCUUAGUUAUAAUCCUCAGAUAACCAAUCCAGAUAUUAUUCAAUCCCAAAGCAGAGUUAAUGUUCCCUUCUCAUGUAGCUGUGUUGAUGGGAAAUUCAUGGGACAUCAGUUUGAUGUGCAGGUCAAGACUAAUACUACUUAUCCGAGAAUCACUCGUCUUUAUUGUUCGAACCUUACAACAGUUGAAAAGUUGCAGGAGUCUAACAGUUAUGAUCCUAACAAUGUUCCUGUGAAUUCAAUAGUAAAGGUUAUUGUCAACUGCUCUUGUGGAAAUAGUCAUGUGUCAAAAGAUUAUGGACUAUUUAUAACUUAUCCUCUUCGCCCUGGAGAGAAUUUGGUUACACUAGCCAAUGAUUUUAGUCUACCACAGAAGUUGUUGGAAGACUAUAAUCCUGAAGCAAAUUUCAGCAGCGGUAGUGGUCUAGUUUUCAUUCCUGGAAAAGAUCAAAAUGGAACUUAUCCACAAUUAAGAACUUCUACAAGCUCAAAAGGAUUCUCAGGUGGCGCAAUAACUGGCAUAUCAGUUGCAGUAGUUCUUGUGGUUGCCCUUUUAGCAGUUUGCAUAUACAUUACCUUUUAUAGAGGCAGGAAAACGGAGGAAAAUCUUAACUUGGAACCUUACAAACACAGUAGUAAUAAGCAUAUUCCUGGUCAUGCAAAUUUUGAGAAUUCAUCAGAAGGGGGAUCUCUUAAACAGGGCGCUUCCCCAGAGGUCCCGAGGAUUGCUGUGGAUAAAUCUAUAGAAUUUUCAUAUGAUGAACUUGCUAAAGCCAGUGACAAUUUCAGCACAGCCUACAAGAUUGGCCAAGGUGGUUUCGCAUCUGUUUACUAUGGAGAGUUAAGAGGCGAGAAAGCUGCUAUCAAGAAGAUGGAUAUGCAAGCAACAAAAGAAUUCCUUGCUGAAUUGAAGGUUUUGACUCAUGUUCAUCACUUGAACUUGGUACGUUUGAUAGGAUACUGCGUUGAAGGAUCCUUGUUCUUAGUAUACGAAUACAUUGAAAAUGGAAACCUAAGCCAACAUUUGCGCGGUUUUGUUCCAGGUAAGGUGCCAUUGCCAUGGUCUACCAGGGUGAAAAUUGCUCUGGAUGCAGCUAGAGGCCUAGAGUACAUCCACGAACACACUGUUCCUGUUUACAUCCAUCGCGACAUUAAAACAGCCAACAUUUUGAUCGAUAAAAACUUUCGUGCAAAGGUUGCUGACUUUGGACUCACAAAACUGAUAGAAACUGAAGGUGGUUCGAUGAACACUCGUCUUGUUGGUACUUUUGGUUACAUGGCCCCAGAUUUGAGGAUGUGCUUAAUGAGGUUGAUCCUAAAGAAGGGAUAUGCAAACUGGUAGAUCCAAAACUUGGUGAUGAUUAUCCCCUGGAUUCAGUCUGGAAUGUGGCUCUUCUUGCCAAGGCGUGCACACAGGAGAAUCCACAAUUGAGACCAAGUAUGAGGUCAAUAGUAGUAGCUUUAAUGACAAUAUCAUCCACAAGUACUGCAGAUUGGAACCUUGGUGAAUUUUAUGAGAACCAGGGCCUAGCCCAUCUCAUUUCAGGAAGGUAAGUAAUUCCAAUUGGAGUUAUAUUGUGUUACUCACAAUCAGGAAAUUAGAAGCACAAGUUACACUUGUAUAUUUGUCUAUUUACAUCAACCAUAAUUUAAAAAAAGGAACCCUGUAUCUCUCUCCUUUGAGUAGCCAUUUGUCUCUAGAUUUUUGGGCUUAAAUUUAAAGUUUUGAUUUCUCAGCGUUUGUUGAUGGUAUAUGAACACCUCAAUUUUAAAUCAUCAGUUGGAAAUACCAAAUUCAUCAAUACAUAGGA